AUGGUGUGGCCCAGGACAGAGGACCCCGUCGAAAAGUCCAAACUUCGAAACAGCUUCCUGGACAAGCUCCGCUUCCUGGACAACAAGACCAAAGCGGGGAAUACGCUGGAGGAGAAGAUGAAGUUCCUCUCGCCCAAGGAUUGGGAGGCCGUCCUUGACAAGAAUCGUGCUUUGGCUGCCGGUGUGGGCCUGUACGUCAGGCCUCAUCUUGAUCUGGAGGCAAAGCCCGAGCCUGCCGAAGAGCAGGCUUUGGUUGUGGUUGCAGAAUCCUCUGUUCCGCAGAAAGAAGCCCGCCCGGACCCGGUGGAAUAUGCUCGAACCGACAUAUUUUAUCUCCGAACGACGGGUGGCCAGAAGGGUGUCUUUCAAGUUCACAAAGUGCAACAGCAGGACGCCUCGGAGGGCUAUGUUCAUAUCUUCAGGGUCAACGAGGCUUGCAGUGUCCUGCAGAUUCGUGGCUGCAAGCCAGUUUUGCAGCAGGGUGCCUUACUUGUGUUGGAGACCAUCAUCUCCAGCUCAGCUCCGGCUGAUUUGGAGCUGAACCUGCUGCCGAAGAUACCAGCUUGCAAGAUCGUCUGCCAGGGCUCGGAAGUGGACCUGCAGAGCCUCGAAGCCUUUUUGGGUUUCAUGGAUUGGAUGCCAAGGUGGCAGAAGUCUGGUUUGCUCUCGCCCACGCAGAAGAAGCUUCAAGGAGGAGUGAGGCUGCCCCUCCUGGUCUUCUUUAUCCUGCGAGCCCCACUCAGCGACGAAGUUUCUGAGGCCAAGGGGGACAAGUUCGAGUCGGACGAGUCCAAAGACGUUUGCUCCAUUUGCUGUGCCAAGCCAUGGGACGGACGUGCCCUGAAGAAAGAGGUGAAGCUUCGGAACCUGAUGGCCUUGGACCGAUUCUUGAAUCGUUCCAGCGGCUUUGCCUCCAAAGCUGCCGAUCAAAGCUUGGUCGAAAUGGGACUCCAAGAACUCAGCCCGUCCCAUUACCACAGGCAGGUGAUGCACUUGUGUACUGGGGUUGCCGUUCCCUUGGCCAUGAAGCUUGUUUUGCCUGCUGCCAGAUUAUCGUGCGAUUUUGCAUUUCGUUUCUUUCGGCGAGCAGCAACGGUCCUCCACGAGGACCGAUGCAAUCAUACGCAAGCACAUAAGCAGAAUGUGAAUUCUUGGCUUCAGAUGCUUCAGGAGCUGAAGGAGCAGAGGUUCCGGUCCCUGAACCUCAUAUCCGAUGCCAGCCCGAAGGCUCGAAUGGACGUUUGGCUACCCCUCGUGACCGUGGACAGGACGAUGGCACCGUGGGUUUUGCAACGUCUCUCGGACUUGCUGCCUUCUACAGCCUCUACGGAAACGAAAAUGGAGGAGUGCCAAAGGCUUGCAGACCAGGCAGCACAGGCCGACAGCAAGCAGGCUACGGCACGCAAACUGCCGAAGACGAUAUCGAAGAUCAAGCAGCAACGAUUGUCUACGAGAGAGCAUCUGAAAGCUGUCAUCCAUUCGUUGGACCUGCUGGAGUGUGAGCUGCAACCCCCGAAGCAAACACUGGCCGGUGCACGGCCACAGGAUCACGUCGUCGUGGAGCAGUACGACAACAAGUGGUCUUUCCGUUGCAACACACAGUCUGGAGAGUCCGAGUGGCUCUGUGUGGACAAAAAACUUCUUCGUUUGGUUUUGCAAGGAGACCAAGGUGGCCCGCUUUAUUCGGGCUACCAAUACCUCGCCGGGAAAGGUUUUGCUGUGUCCUUCAUCAGAGACGAGUCGUGCCUUGGAUUCGAGUAG